GCCGACCAGAAACACUUGGGGUCCUUUUACUUCACGUGUGCGUCUGCUGCGCUGCCAUCGUGAGAGGAAACCAUGCCGAAGUCAAAGAGAGACAAGAAAAUUUCGUUAACGAAGACAGCCAAGAAGGGGCUUGAGUCAAAACAGAAACUCAUCGAGGAGGUACGAAAAUGUGUGGACAUCUACAGCCACUUGUUCAUCUUCUCUGUGGCCAACAUGAGGAAUAACAAGCUGAAAGACAUCAGGACAGCAUGGAAACACAGCAGGUUCUUCUUCGGCAAAAACAAAGUCAUGAUGGUGGCCCUGGGUAAAGGCGUAUCAGACGAAUACAAAGAUAAUUUGCACAAGGUCAGCAGGUAUCUACGAAGAGAAGUUGGUGUACUAUUCACAAAUAAGACAAAGGAUGAGGUACAAGAGUAUUUCAGUCAUUUCAAAGAGAUGGAUUACGCGCGAGCAGGCAACCCGGCACAGAUGGACCUAACUCUGGAUGAGGGACCCCUGGAGUUUCCUCACUCGAUGGAGCCCCAGUUGAGGCAAUUAGGACUCCCCACCGCUCUCAAGAAAGGGGUGGUGACACUGCUGAAGGACCAUGCGGUCUGUAAGGAGGGAGAUGUGCUCACACCUGAGCAGGCUCGCAUUCUGAAACUCUUCGGCAUCGAGAUGGCAGAAUUCAAAAUACAGAUCAAAUGUAUGUGGACCUCAGAAACAGGCGAUCUUCAGAACUUUGCUGAUGAGAAAGAGUCUGUGCAGGAGAAUGAGGAUGACGACGAUGAAGAAGAUGGUAUUGAUGCAGAAUAAAAGGUCUGCAUCAGCAGGGAUCUGUACACGUUAUUUUUUGCAAACCUCAGCACCGAGAUGACUUUGAUGUUGAAGCCGUUCACCCUGACAGCCUGUGCUGUCAGACUCUAGUCUUUGUCCUUCAUUUACCCCAAACAUGAACUUCUCUCCAUCACCUUGAAUUCAAGCUCCGGGCUGAAUGGUUGUUCAGGAGAUCCUCAUCACGGGAGUCAAGACUCAACAACCAAAUUAUCCGGAGGCCACUUGUCAACAUUUGAAAACAUACUGACUAAAUGUCUUGCAUUGCAUUCAAGUACUUUGUCAUUCAGCUAAAACAAACACGGUUUAAUAUGUUAGGCCAACUCAUUUGAUGCAUUUUAUGUGGAAGAAAAACUUUUUUGAUGUAAAAUUUUAUUUUUUAUGUAACAGUUUAAUUAAGGCAGAAUCAAGAAAAGGUUAUUUCUCCCUCAAAAACGAUCUUGUCAUUUUUACAUUUAUAAAUCGAUGGUGACAUUAA